AUGGAGAUCGUCCACGUUUACACUCGUGUCCGCAGUGACUUCGGGAGGCCGUGUCUUUUCUCUGACCGAGGCCCAGAGCUGAGUCUGGACCUGAGGCCGGACCCGAGUCUCACACAAGAGUUUAUCCAGAGAACGACCCGGGACCAGGCCACACAGGCCCGGACAGACAUGUCCGAGCACCAGGUGAACACCGAGCGCUUUGUGACUGAGAGCCGUGGAAUGAACCACACGGAGGGGGGCUGGCCUAAAGACGUGGACCCCAACGAGAUGGAACAGACCAUCCGCUUCCGCAAGAAAGUGGAGAAGGAUGAGGGCUUUAUGAACAGCAUCCCACAGCUGGGCAGUGUCAUGGGACACUGUCUCCAGCAGAACAACGCUCUGGACAUUUUCCAGGAGUACUGCAGUGAGGAGGACGAGGGGGAGGUUGUGGAGCCGCCGUCAGCCAAAACCAUCAACAUUUUUAGAGACCCAAACGAGGUGAGGCGCACAGUCACAUGUCUGUCCUGGCACCCGGACGGAGGGAAAAAGUUGGCAGGUGCUUACUCCUGUCUGCACUUCCAAACGUCACAGUCCAACAUGUGUGAGGACUCCUACAUCUGGGACAUCGAAAACCCAAAUCGUCCAGAGUUAACGCUGAAGCCGGUGUCUCCUCUCGUCUGCAUCGAAUACAAUCCCAAAGACCCCCACACUCUGGUGGGAGGCACGUACAGUGGACAGAUCGCGUACUGGGACACUCGUCGUGGCAGUCUGCCCGUGGAGCUGUCCUCGGUGGAGCACAGUCACAGAGACCCGGUUUAUAAAAUCAUCUGGCUCCAAUCCAAAACUGGGACAGACGCUUUCUCUGCUUCCACAGACGGACAGGUGCUGUGGUGGGACGUCCGGAGGCUGACUGAACCCACUGAGCGCCUGGUGUUGGACCCAGGCCGAGAAGGAAAUAUGGAACGAGCUUUGGGAGCUCUGUGUCUGGAGUAUGAGCCGACCAUGCCCACUAAGUUCAUGGUGGGGACGGAGCAGGGGGUGGUGUUGUCCUGUAACAGGAAGGCGAAGACCCCCGCAGAGAAGAUCGUGUGCACGUACGAGGGUCACCUCGGCCCCGUGCAGGCUCUUCAUCGUAACCCCUUCUUCCCCAAAAACUUCCUGACCGUCGGAGACUGGGCGGCGCGCAUCUGGUCUGAGGACAUCAGGGACUCGGCCAUCAUGUGGACCAGGUACCAGAUGUCGUACCUCACAGACGCGUGCUGGAGCCCCGUGCGGCCCUCCGUGUUCCUCACCUCAAACAUGGGCGGUGUGCUGGACGUGUGGGACGUUCUGUUCAAGCAGAAUGAGCCCACCCUGUCUGUCAAGGUGUGUGACGAGCCCCUGUACUGCCUUCAGAUUCAGGACACUGGUCGUUUGGUGGCCUGUGGCUCUCAGGGCGGCUCUGCUACACUUCUGGAGUUCUGCUCAGGACUGUCCUCUCUGCAGAAGAACGACAAGACCCUACUGGCAGCAAUGUUUGAGCGGGAGGCCAAGCGUGAGAAAAUCCUGGAGGCCCGUCAGAGAGAACAGCGUCUGAAAGAGCGCAGUCGAUCUGAGCAGAGCGACGCCGGGCGCGACGCCAUCGAUGCCAUUGACGCUCAGAGUGUGCAGCAGCUCAUGGCCCGGGCGGAGGAGGACUUCUUCAGUGUGGUGGAGGCGGAGCUGCGGCGCCGGGAUGACACCCACCAGGACAAAGACAAAGUAAACGGAGGAGAAGCGGCGCAAUGA